AUGGCUCUGAACAAUUGAUGCUCUCUAAGUAUACUAAUAAGCAGGGCCGGCCCGCCCUUAUAGGCAAACUAGGCAACUGCCUAGGGCGCUCGUAUUUGGGGGGCGGCAUAGCAAUGCGAGCGGCAUCACCACUGAGCACGCGGAUCGAUCAAAAAUGGUUCAAUCAAUCGUACGUACGCGCGACAGACGUGCGGCGCGACGCGCAUCGCAACUCGCGGAGCGCGCCGCCGCCGUCCCGUUCCCCGCCGCACCCCACGCAUGCCAUCGCCGCCAGGCGCCAGUCGCCGCCGCGCCGCCCGCGCACUCUUAACUAUCUCAUGUGUUCUCCGUCAACUCUAUGCGCUAAGUGAAUUCCUCGGACUCUCAUUGUGAAUAAUAAUAAUUGCAAUCACCUACAGGCUACAAUCAUUUCUUGAGACAUGGCAGAUGACAAAAAAAUAAUGUCUGGAGCACAAUUUCGUAAGAGAAAAUUAGAGAAACAAUUAUCGUUAGCAAAGCAAGCAGACUCGUUCAAGAAGUAUCUUCGUCCAAAUCUUCAAGAACCGCAACCAUCAGGCAGCAAUACAAAUGAUGAUAUGAAAGAAGACAUAACCAAUCCCACCACAGGAAGCUGUACUACAGAAGGUCCCGCUUUAUUUUCAGCAAAAGAAAAUACUCCACAACAGCGUGAAAUAACCAAACAACCACAACCAUGCAAAAGUACAAAUGAUGAUAUGGGAGAAGACACUAAUAAUCCUCCCACAGAAAGUUGUCUCAUUUUAAACUUCAGUGACCCUGCAACAUGGGAUGUCUCUACUGAUCAUCUGCGGCAAAUCCUCGUCAAACACGGGCCAGAUCAAGUGAAAAAUAUCGAGUUCCCAUUAGAUAACCAGCGAAGAAAGUUUUCUACAGUGUAUUAUAAGAGAAAACUAGUCAAUGGUGAACGUGUGCCUCGUUCAUGGCUGCAAUAUUCAGCUUCAAAGGAUUCUGUGUUCUGUUUCUGUUGUAAGCUAUUUUCUACAGAUGAAAAAUCCGCUCUAUGCAACAAAGGUGCGAAUGACUGGAAGAAUAUUUCAUAUAUAUUAUCAAAUCACGAGAAAAGUAGUAGCCAUUUAGCAAACUACCAACAGUGGAAAGAGUUAGAGCUUCGGUUGAGGACUAAUAAAACAAUCGAUGAGGAAAAUUUACGUUUGAUAAGGGACGAGGAAAAAUACUGGCAACAGGUUCUCGAAAGGUUGAUUGCUUUAGUGAGAGUUCUAGGAAGCCAAAACUUACCUUUUCGUGGAACGCAUGAUGAACUAUUUACUCCUGGCAAUGGAAUUUUUUUGAAAAUGGUUGAAUAUCUAGCUUUAUUUGAUCCUAUAAUGAAUGAACAUCUUAGAAAAGCGAGUAACAAAGAUAUUCAUGUUCAUUACCUCGGAAAAAAUAUCCAAAAUGAACUGAUCAGUGUUUUGGCUAAAGCUGUCCAGGAGAAAAUACUGGCGUAUAUUAACUCAGCUAAAUAUUAUUCAAUAAUUCUAGAUUGUACACCUGACGUUAGUCAUGUUGAACAAAUGACCAUCAUCGUUCGAAUUGUCAAAUUGAUUACUGAUGAACGUAAAUGUGAAAUCAAAGAAUAUUUUUUAGGAUUUGUCCCUCUUGCAGACACCACCGGUGCUGGCUUAACUGAAAAAAUUCUUGAUCAGUUAAAUGAGAUGUCUCUCUCAUUAGAAAAUUUACGUGGGCAAGGGUAUGACAACGGAAGUAACAUGAAAGGUAAGCACAGUGGUGUUCAAAAAAGGAUUUUAGAUAUAAAUCCACGUGCUUUUUUUGUACCCUGCAGUUCACACACGCUAAAUCUUGUUGUGAAUGAUGCUGCAAAAUGUUGUCUGGCAGCGACAUACUUUUUCAACUUGGUCGAAAAAAUAUAUGUAUAUUUCUCUGCCUCAACCCAUCGUUGGGAAGUCCUAUUGCGUCAUGUGCCUAGUUUGACACUGAAACCAUUGAGCGAUACAAGAUGGGAAAGUAGGAUUGAUGCAUUGCGUCCAUUACGUUACCAAUUAGCUGAUGUGCAUGAUGCACUUGUGGACAUUUAUGAAGAUCAUACUCUGAUUGGUGCAUCUGGAAAUCAAACUCGAAUUGAGGCUCAGUCUAUUGCUAAAAAAUUGCGGAUUUUAAGUUUGUUGCUUCACUUGUCGUGUGGUAUAAUAUUUUGUUCGAAAUUAAUUUGACUAGCAAAGUUCUUCAAUCCCAGGAAUCUAACCUCAAUACCGUUACAAAUGCUCUUCUAAAAACGAAA